AUGGCAUAUGGCACAGCAGCUGAUGCAGUUGACGAAUAUCUCCGACUUGGUGCUAGUACGGCCUUGUUAUGUUUGGAAAAUUUCACUGAGGGAAUAAUAUCUUUGUUCGGAGAUGAGUAUCUAAGAAGACCCACACCUGAUGAUCUCCAACGCUUAUUGGACCUUGGCGAAGAACGGGGCUUCCCCGGGAUGAUAGGAAGCAUUGAUUGCAUGCAUUGGGAAUGGAAGAAUUGCCCAACAGCUUGGAAAGGACAAUAUACACGCGGAUCAGGAAAGCCGACUAUCGUUUUAGAGGCUGUAGCAUCACAAGAUCUUUGGAUAUGGCAUGCAUUUUUUGGAUCUCCAGGUACAUUAAAUGAUAUUAACGUUCUUGAUCGUUCUCCCGUUUUUGAUGACAUAUUGCAUGGUGAAGCCCCAAAAGUGAGAUAUUGGGUUAACGGUAACGAGUACUGUUUGCCAUACUAUCUAACCGACGGUAUUUAUCCGAAGUGGGCUACUUUUAUACAAUCAAUUAAUCUUCCUGAUAACACCGUAUUUUGA